AGUGUUUUGUCAUAGCGUGCACACUUUUUGCAUACUUCUGCAUACUGGAGUUACUGUUGAGAUGCAGGAGCGUGACUGAUGGAUCCACGUGAGGGAUGAAAGCUGCGUUAUGUCUGUCAGCACUUCUCACAGUAAACAUGGAUGCAGGUGGAAGAGUCAAGCUGCCCUUUUAGUGUCGUGAUUAUGCUGAUCAUCUGCAUGUUCGCUGGGAUUACAGCCGGUGAUUAGACCCAAGGAGGACACAGAGGGGAGUGCACCGCCUCAUCCCCAAACACACACGGCUACAAAAGGCCCCCGUCAGCAGCUCCUCUCACCCUAAGUCCCUUGUUGUGUGACUGUGAAGAGGGAUCACCUCCACUUCACAGUAGACCCAUCGGACUGACAGGUCUGGGAGGGAAAAGCUGCAAAAAGCUGCAAAAAAACCAACAACAGGCUCUUCAUCUUAAAGGUGUUGGAUAGACAUGGGUAACUCGACAGGAAGCACCGUGGACGACCUGCAGGCGGUGGAGAUGCACCUCUGGUACAAGAAGUUCAUGACCGAGUGUCCCUCGGGUCAGCUCACCCUGCACGAGUUCAAGCAGUUCUUCGGGAUGCGAGGACUCGACCCCGAGGCCAACGCCUACAUCGAGCAGAUGUUCCGCACCUUCGACAUGAACAAGGACGGCUACAUAGACUUCAUGGAGUAUGUGGCUGCUCUCAGUCUGGUGAUGAGAGGAAAGAUGGAGCACAAGCUGCGUUGGUACUUCAAACUUUAUGACGUGGACGGCAACGGCUGCAUUGACAGACACGAGCUGCUCAACAUCAUUAAGGCAAUCCGAGCAAUCAACGGGAAUGAAAAUCAGGAAGGAUCUGCUGAGGAGUUCACUAACCGCGUGUUUGACAGGAUUGAUAUUAAUGGAGAUGGCGAGCUUUCCCUGGAGGAGUUUGUGGAAGGCGCUCGCAGUGACGAAGAUUUCACGGAGGUGAUGAUGAAAAGUCUGGACCUCACCCACAUCGUGGCGAUGAUCCACAACAGGAGGCGCAGCAUUUAGGCUCCGCCCUGUCAGACUACCUCAUCCUCAAUCACGACUUAACCCGAGAGCUUCGGUACAUGCACGGCCUCUGGUACAAACAUUCUGAGAUUUCUAUUAAGAUUGAGUCCAGUUUCAUAUAAACGCCAGUACUGCAAAAACUGCCACGUCUUAUUUCUAAUCUUUAAAACACUGACACAUGUGCACUUUAAAUGCAUUUGGAUGACUCAGUCAACCUUUGCGAGCCGGUCAUUGUCCUUGUUUAUUGAUGCUGAGCGUUCCCCGGGCAACCGGCAAGAGGGAUGAUCUCUCAGACGGUCGGCCCACUUACCCACAGAUACCCCACGGGAUAAAAGAGGGAGAUAGUGGAGCAGAGUGGCAAUUAUAUGCACUCAAUGCUUUCCCAAAAAAUUUUCUGGGUCUGACUUUUUCUGCAUCAGCAUCUCUUUUUACCCGUUCUGGCCUGUGGGGUUCACAGGUUUGACUCUGCAGCGUGCUUAACAUGCAUGCUAAUUUGAUUAAGUCAAAGGCUGCAAAAUACACAA